CGCUUGAACGCGGAGAGAGAAUCAUUUCUCUCAUUUUUGCGAGAAAGCUAGGGUUUGCUCUGUGUGGCGAUUUCAUUUGCGACGCCGAGCUCUCACCCAUUUUCUCCUCUUUUCUCGAUCGAUUCGGCGCCGGAUUGUCUCCUCCAGGACCAGAGGUGAGUUCCGAGUCGAUUGACGUUUAGAUAUUAGCCUUCUGUUGUCGAGAUCGCCAUUGUGAAUUGUCAAAAGAUUUUAUGAUCUCGGGUUAGGGUUCGAAAUCGAGAUGUGUUUGGAUCUAGGGUUGUAUAACCUCGUCUACGGGUUCUAUUUAUCGAUUAAUGGUCCGAGAUUUGCGGAUUGAAAAUCCAAUAGGGGUUUUUGAUUAAGGGUUAAAAAAAAAUUUGGGGGUUUCGAUUUGUGGUUUGAUAUAUUAAACUGGGUUUGAUAGACGGUUGGUAUGAUCGUAUUUUACAUUUUUUUUGUGCUAAUCAAUUCUUGUUUUGUGCUUUAGAUGGAUCCCGCAGAUGAGAGAACAGAUUGUAAGAGGAAACUGGAGCACAUAAACCUCCUGAGUUACGUUUCCGAUUCAGAACAUGGGAUGCCCAAAAGAUGCGCUUGUGGUGGGAGAAUGAUACACGAGGUUCGAGUGAAGGAUGAGUUCGACACUCAGCCAGGGAAACGCUUCUUCAGCUGUGUAAACUACGAGGUUAGAUACAAACCCUGUUACCCAGUUGAAUUAUUAGAUACAAACCUGUGCUUUAGUUCAAUAUUUGGAAUGUGUUGUCUGAUGUGUUUAUUGUUUAACCAAGGCUGAUGGGUUACAUUAUCGUCAGCCUUGGGUUUGUGGUGUGCAGGAGGAGAUCGAAAUGCUGCGUAAGCGUGUGGAGGAGGCUGAUGAGGUGAUCAAGUCGGUGCCAAUGCUGGUUGAGAGUGUCGAGGCACAAGUUAAAAGGCUGAGUUUGCUGCUUGAUAAGCUCACUGGUGACGUGUAUAACCUCACAGUGCAGGUGGCUGCUCUGGAGAGGGUGUGUUUCGAGUGAAAUCCAAACAGGUAAACACAGAAACUAAACCAAAGUAGUUCUUUCCGUGUACUGAUAGGUGUGUUGUUUGCUGUAAUUGAACUGAAACUUAACUAGGAACUCAUCUAGGUUCAUUUAAUAUGUAGAGUAGUAUCUGUACUAGAUUAUAACUAUGAACUCACCUAGGUUAAUUUAAAUGGGUGUUGGUUGGUUGCUGUGAUGAAUGUUCAUUAAAAAAUAUUGAUUUGAUGUGUAAUGAAUACAUUUUGUGAACUACUUCAUCUGUAAUUAAGGCUAAUGAAUGUUUGGUAGUUAGAGACAUCUACUUCAUUAGUAGAUGAAGCUUUUGAAGAAUAUUUUGACGAAGAAUUUGAUAAUAUCCUCAACUCCCUACUUGAUGAACAAGCCACCAACCCAAAGAAACGGAAUUAUAUCGAAAGAGAUCGGGAACAAGGCCACAUUCAACUAUGGAACGACUAUUUUGACGAAAAUCCUACUUACACAACGGACAUGUUUAGGCGGCGUUUUAGAAUGAACAAACCAUUGUUCCUUCGCAUUGUCGAGCGGCUAACUACAGGUGUUCCGUACUUUCAGCAACGAGUAAAUGCUCACGGAAGGAAAGGGCUCUCACCACUUCAAAAAUGUACGGCAGCUAUACGUAUGCUCGCAUAUGGUCAAUCGGGAGAUACGUAUGACGAAUAUCUCCGACUCGGUGAAAGUACUGCUCUUUUAUGUUUGGAACAUUUUACUAAUGGGAUAAUACACUUUUUUGGUGAUGAGUAUCUAAGAAUACCUACGGCAGAAGAUCUUCAACGAUUACUCGAUAUUGGAGAGGCACGCGGGUUUCCCGGGAUGAUUGGCAGCAUUGAUUGUAUGCAUUGGGAGUGGAAAAACUGCCCAACGGCUUGGAGAGGGCAGUACACACGAGGUUCAGGAAAGCCGACAAUUGUCUUAGAGGCUGUGGCAUCAGAAGAUCUUUGGAUAUGGCACGCAUUUUUCGGAUUACCAGGUACCCUUAACGAUAUCAAUGUUCUUGAUCGGUCUCCUGUUUUCGAUGACAUCAUAAAAGGUCGAGCACCUAAAGUUAAAUUCAAGGUCAACAACCACACUUACCGUAUGGCGUACUACCUUACUGACGGAAUUUAUCCAAAUUGGUCGACAUUUAUCCAAUCUAUCUCACUUCCUCAAGGUGAUAAAGCAGAGCUGUUUGCUAAACAUCAAGAAUCCACCAGAAAAGAUGUCGAACGAGCUUUUGGGGUAUUGCAAGCGAGGUUUGCAAUAUUCAAAAACCCAGGCCGACUAUGGGACAAGGAAAAGUUAGGGAAGAUUAUGAGAUGUUGUAUCAUAUUGCACAAUAUGAUUGUGGAGAACGAACGAGGCAAAUACAGUCUAACUGAUACUUCUCAGUUCGAGUCAGGAGAGUCGAGCAGAGGUUCGAAGGUCACAAGGCGAGAAAGUUUGCAUUCCACUAACAUGCUAGGCAUGCGCAAUGAAGUUCGAGAUUCAGGAAAACAUGAACGUUUGAAAGCUGAUUUAGUUGAAAAUGUAUGGCAAACAUUUGGAAACGAUCAAUAAUCUUUGUAUGUUCAUCAAUUAUCAAUUAUCAAUGUAAUGAAUAAAUUAUAUUUAAAAAAUUUACUGCAUAAUAUUUUAUACAUGUUUUCAAAAUAAUUUCAAAACAAAAAAAAAAUUAAAAAAAAUAUUAUUUAAUUCUUGUGAACCCCUUCUCAGGUUCACUAAUGCAGAAGCACAAUACUAAGAGGUUCAACACUAUUCAUGACCCUACCUAAAAAAUAUUAAAAAAAUCCUAUGAACCCCAAAGGGGGGUUCACUAAUGUGGAUGCUCUAAGGAGCCUAUAUAAUUAAACUAGAGGGGAUUAUCUAUAAAUACAGGGAAAUGACACUUAAUAAGGAAGGCAAUGUAUAUUGUAGUGAUUUCAAUAAGAUUAUCUAAAUAACUGCUAUCAUUUUUUGUUAAAAUGCUAUCAUAUCUAUUACAUCAUCUCCGAUCUAUAACAAUUUCUGACUCUAAAUGCUAUAAUAGAGAAAAUUUCUCUCCAAUCCACAUCUAUUUCUUUCUCUAAAAUAGAGAUUACUAUUUUCACCUUUAUAUUUAAAGGAAAAAAUAUAAUAUAGUCAUUUACGAUAUAGUCAUUUAACUUUUUACUUUAAUAGUUACAACCAAAAAUAAAUACUUUUUAGUGAAAUACACUUUUUAUAUAAUAGAACUAUAUUUUUUUAUUUACAUAAUAAUUUUAAAAGAAAUAUUAAAUCUAAAUAAUAUCGUCAUUUUAUGAAAUGAGAAAUUUGGCUCUAUAGCCAUAUAAAAAAACUAAAAAAAAACUAACCAUCCUUCCCUUUCUCUCUCUUCCACUUUUCUUCCUAUAUCUCUCUAACUAAUGGUUAGAUUAUUAUAGGUGAUGAUUUUUUGAAUUAGUUUCUGGUUUUUAGUUUUUAGAUUUUGGUUUUGCUGUAUUUGUUUGUUUUUCAAAAAAAUUAUCAAUACAUUUUUUUUAAAUAAGAAAAAAAACAAUAAACUAUUUAGAAGUUUCCAUUAGAAUUUAUCAAAAUAUAGUGAUUGUUAUUUUUAAAAAUUUUUUUUAUUAAAUUAAUUUACUUUUUAAGUAUCAUACUAAAAUAUAAAACACAAAAUAUCUAUAAAUUAUAAAAAAUUACAAAUACUAAAAAUAUUAAAAUAUUUAUAAAUUUUCUUAUAUAUAACAUAUUAAUUUUUAACACUACAAUGUCUAUUCUUAAAAAUUUAUAUAAUAUGUUAUAUUAAGAAUUUUUUAUGUUUUUAUAAAUUUUUAGUUAUUGUUUAGUGUGUCUAAUAAUACUUAAAACUAUUCAAUAAUUUUAUUUAUAUAAAUUAAUAACUAAUGGUUUACAAUUAAUUAGUAUUAUACCAUAUGGCUAUUAUAUAUAAAUAUCAAAAUUUAGUUACAGAUAUGAGACACAAAUAAACUAUUUUACAUUAUUUUUAAAUGAUAUCUUAUAUAUAACAAUUUGCAUGGAAAUCACUCUAUGAAAUAUCAUUCAAUUUUUUAUUAACUACACAAAUGCAAAACUUUUUAUAAUAAAAAAUUAGUUUUUUUUCUCUUAAAUGCCCACAAAAAUUGGUUCUUUUGUUUUUCUUCAUAAAUUGGUUGUAGUUUUGUAAAACUAGUUUUCCUAAAAUUUAGGGAAACUAUUUGUUUAAAAUCUUGAUUAGCAAAUCAAAUGGUUUUUUAUAAAAACCAAAACUAAAAUUUAAGACUUGAUUGGGUAAAAAAUAAUUUUUACAAAAACAAACACAAAAACCAAAAACUAAAGCAAAAACCACAAACAAUCAACCUCUUAAUUUUUAUUUUUUGGUUAUUUCACCAACUCUCCCAAAAUAAAUUGGGUUAAUUUUUAAAUUUAUCACAAAUAAAAUUUAUUAUUUGUAAAACUUAAAAAGAAUAUAUCAAUAUUCUUUUUUUUUAAGGAGAAAGUAAAAGAAUACAUUGGAUCUUUAUCAUAAAUUUCUGCUAUUUUAAAGAAAAAAAUAGGAGGAUAUAUUGGAGAUGGUCUUAUAAAGAACUUAAUAACACGUCUAUGUUCUGAAGGACUAUUUUAUACUGAAAAUAAAUUUUGAUGACACAUGUGAGCAAGAGCAGUCGAUGCAUUUAUGGUUCUUCGCAGUUUUUUUCUCCAAAAUUCACCACGAACUCACAGAUGUACUCGUGCGUGCUGCAUACCCUGUUUCUUCAUAUAUUAAUGUCUGCUUUUGUUUUUAUGUCUGAUUAGCUUUUUACUUUACGAAAAUUUCAAAAUGUUUCAAUCUUAUCGUCGUUUAAAAUGAUACAUCUUGCGUACCCUUCAAUUAUACUACUGUAGGUGUUUACUCAUGAAUAUUACGUUUUUGUGUGCUAUGGAUUAUGUUUAUAAUUUAGUCACAAAAUUAUGAUUAGAAUUUCAAGCGUUAGACUGAUACUCUUAACCUGAACUUUUAUCGAUUUUUAUUGGAAAUAUAUUUGUAAGAUUUAUAUUCUUUAUUAGAAAAGAUUGGAUAUACAGAUCACAAAUGAUAUCUCAAUCGUAUGAUGAUAGUGUGUUACGUGGUGCACAUAAACCUAUGUAAGACAGUAAUAGUACGAAACACACGAGUUUUGGUCUUACAGAAUUAUUGCAAUUUAUUUUCCAAGUCAAAGUCAGUUUUUCACAUGCACGUGGGACCUCUUUCUACUAUUUGUUAUUGCUUUGUUCCGGUUUGUUUUUGUAGACUUUUUCUUCGGAUUGGUAUUUCGUUCUUAUACAGAGUAAUACAGAGCAUUUAACUGAACAAACAAAAUUGGUCAAUUCCUGUAGCUGUAAAAGGAAAAGAAAAAUGAAGACUGAUUAGGUGGUAGUUUUUUUUUUUUUUUUAACUAGAAAACAUUUGUGAGAAUAAAAACGCCCCAAAUAGAGGGGUUCUAGCCAAAAGAUUCUU